AUGAGAAUUUCAAAGAAUAUUUCACCACUUUUGAAGAGUGUUAAUACUUUUUCUGCUAGAAAUUAUUCGACUACUAAUGUUCUUGGUCAAAGAGUAUUGUUGAUUGGAUCAAAUGGACAAAUUGGUGUUGAAUUGUCGACUGCUUUGAGAAAUCGUUUCGGAAAGGAAUCUGUUGUAACUAGUGAUGUUACUCUUCCAUCAAUGGAAUCACUCCAAAAUGGAGAACCUUUUGUAUUUUUGGAUGCAAACAAUAAGGCUAGACUUUCACAAAUUGUUAAAAAGGAAGAAAUUACUCACAUUAUUCACAAUGCUGCAUUUUUGUCUGCUGCAGCUGAAAGAAAUCCAAUUCCAGCUUUGGAAUUAAACACUGUUGGUCUUCACAAUGUUUUGGAAGUUUCCAAAGAAAACAAUUGUUCUGUAUUUAUUCCAUCUUCAAUUGCUGCUUUUGGUCCAACAACUCCACUCGAUUUGACACCUGAUGUCACCAUUCAAAGACCAACAACUAUUUAUGGUAUUGGUAAGGUUUAUGCUGAACAUAUGGGUGAAUAUUAUGCCUAUAAGCAUGGUCUUGAUUUUAGAUCUUUGCGUUAUCCUGGUAUUAUCAGUUAUUUGUCUGAACCUGGUGGUGGUACUACUGAUUGGGCUGUUUUCAUGUUCUACUAUGCUCUCCAUGGUAAAACUUAUGAAUGUUUCGUUAGUGAAAAUACUCCUCUUCCAAUGAUGUACAUGAGUGAUUGCAUUCGUGCCACUGUCAAGUACAUUUUCGAUCUGACUAAUGAAGAUUUGAAGAGAGCUGGUCAAAGAACAUUUAACAUUACUAGUUUCUCAUUGACUCCAGCAAUGCUCCAUCAAGCUAUUCUCAAAUAUAUUCCAUCAUUCCAAGUGACCUACAAGCCAGAUUUCAGACAAGCAAUUGCUGACUCUUGGCCAAAGGCAUUCGACGAUUCCAAUGCUAGAGCUAAGUGGAAUUGGCAAGAAGAAUACAAUUUGGAUAAGAUGACUAAGGAUAUGAUCAUUCAUUUGAAGGAUAAAAUUGGAUGUACCGUUGAAUUGAAGAAUUUGGAAUAA